CGUCUCGGGGCGCAGCAUGCCGAGCGGGUGGCCGCGGGGCGCAUUGGCGGCUGCGCUGUCGGCUCUGGGGAUGUCGACCUACAAGCGGGCCACGCUGGAUGAAGAGGACUUGGUGGACUCACUCUCCGAGGGCGACGGGUACCCAAACGGCCUGCAGGUGAACUUCCACAGCCCCCGGAGUGGCCAGAGAUGCUGGGCCGAGCGGACCCAGGUGGAGAAGCGGCUGGUGGUGCUGGUGGCACUUCUGGCAGCAGGACUGGUGGCCUGUGUGGCGGUGCUGGGCGUCCAGUACCGGACAAGAACGCCCCCGGUGUGCCUCAGCCAGGGCUGCGUCUCAGUGACCAGCUCCAUCUUGAGUUCCAUGGACCCCAGGGUGGACCCCUGCCAGGACUUCUUCACCUAUGCCUGCGGCGGCUGGAUCAAAACCAACCCCGUGCCUGAUGGCCACUCGCGCUGGGGGACAUUCAGCCACCUCUGGGAACACAACCAAGCCAUCAUCAAGCACCUCCUCGAAAAUUCCACAGCCAGUGUGAGCGAAGCAGAAAAGAAGGCCCAGGUGUACUAUCGCGCGUGUAUGAACGAAACCAAGAUCGAGGAGCUCAAGGCCAAGCCCCUGAUGGAGCUGAUUGAGAGGCUCGGGGGCUGGAACAUCACAGGGCCCUGGGACAAGGACAACUUCCAGGAGAUCCUGGAGGUGGUCACCACCCGCUACCGCACCUCAGCCCUCUUCUCCGUCUACGUCAGUGCCGAUUCCAAAAACUCCAACAGCAACGUGAUCCAGGUGGACCAGUGUGGCCUGGGCUUGCCCUCAAGGGAUUAUUACCUGAACAAAACGGAAAAUGAGAAGGUGCUGACGGGUUACCUGAACUACAUGGUCCAGCUGGGGAAGCUGCUGGGCGGAGGGGACGAGGACGCCGUGCGCCCCCAGAUGCAGCAGAUCCUGGACUUUGAGACCAUGCUGGCCAACAUCACCAUCCCCCAGGAGAAGCGCCGGGACGAGGAGCUCAUCUACCACAAAGUGACAGCAGCCGAGCUGCAGGCCUUGGCGCCCGCCAUCAACUGGCUGCCCUUCCUCAACGCCAUCUUCUCCCCUGUGGAGAUCAAUGCGUCCGAGCCUAUCGUGGUCUAUGACAAGGAGUACCUCAGCCAGGUCUCCACCCUCAUCAACAACACUGACAAGUGCCUGCUGAACAACUACAUGAUCUGGACCCUGGUGCGGAAGACAACCGGCUUCCUUGAUCAGCGCUUUCAGGAUGCCGACGAGAAGUUGAUGGAAAUCAUAUAUGGAACCAAGAAGACCUGCCUUCCUCGCUGGAAGCUGUGCGUGAGCGACACAGAGAACAACUUGGGCUUCGCCCUGGGCCCCAUGUUUGUGAAAGAGACCUUCGCCGAGGACAGCAAGAACAUAGCCAGCGAGAUCAUCCUGGAGAUCAAGAAGGCGUUUGAGGAGAGCCUGAGCACCCUCAAGUGGAUGGAUGAAGACACGCGGAGAUCAGCCAAGGAGAAGGCGGACGCCAUCUACAACAUGAUAGGCUACCCCAACUUCAUCAUGGACCCCAAGGAGCUCGACAAAGUGUUCAACGAUUACACAGCAGUCCCGGACCUCUACUUCGAGAACGCCAUGCGCUUUUCCAACUUCUCCUGGAGGGUCACUGCCGACCAGCUCAGGAAAGCUCCCAACAGAGACCAGUGGAGCAUGACCCCUCCCAUGGUGAAUGCUUACUACUCGCCCACCAAGAACGAGAUUGUGUUUCCGGCCGGAAUCCUGCAGGCCCCGUUCUACACCCGCUCUUCACCCAUGGCCUUAAAUUUUGGUGGCAUCGGUGUCGUCGUGGGCCACGAGCUGACUCAUGCUUUUGAUGAUCAAGGACGGGAGUAUGACAAGGACGGGAACCUCCGGCCCUGGUGGAAGAACUCGUCGGUGGAGGCUUUCAAGCGGCAGACCGAGUGCAUGGUGCAGCAGUACGGCAACUACAGCGUGAACGGGGAGCCGGUGAACGGCCGGCACACCCUCGGGGAGAACAUCGCAGAUAACGGGGGCCUCAAGGCGGCCUAUCGGGCCUACAAGAACUGGGUGAAGCGGAACGGGCCCGAGCAGACGCUGCCCACCCUGGGGCUCACCAACGACCAGCUCUUCUUCCUGGGGUUCGCGCAGGUCUGGUGCUCCGUCCGCACGCCCGAGAGCACCCACGAGGGCCUCAUCACGGAUCCCCACAGCCCCUCCCGCUUCCGGGUCAUCGGCUCCGUCUCCAACUCCAAGGAAUUCUCGGAACACUUCCACUGCCCGCUGGGCUCGCCCAUGAACCCGCGUCACAAGUGUGAAGUCUGGUGAGGGGCGAAGACCGCGAGCCACGAUGGAGGCGGCGCGGGGCGGGGGCUGAGGAUGACCCGCAGGGGGGAGCCCCGGCAGGCUGGCCCCCUCCGUCCAGUGCCCAGGGUGCCACCCAGCCCCCCCGGCCGCCAGGGCCCCCGCCCCCGCACUGGAGGGUUUUCAGCCGGACCUGAGCCUGCGAUGUGGGUUCUCGGCAUAACCCGAGAUUCGACCCCCUGCGGAGACCCUGCCACCCCAGCGCCUGCACCAGCUCUGAAGGGCAUUUGGGUGUCAGGCUGGUGGCUGGCCAGGCCUGGGCCCCCUGCUGACAGGGGCAGUGGGCACAGCCCCACGCCCACAUCCAGCGCCAGAUAUACCACUUUGUCAAAUGCUUUAAAUAUAUAUUUUUGGGGAAACUAUUUUUUAAGCAUUGUGGAAUACACUGGAAAUCUUCAGGGAAAUAAUGCAUCUAAAACACAUUUUCUUUUUUUUAAGGAAAGGAUUGGUAUAUUUAUUAUGUUCUGUUUUUUCUAAAUAACCUGUGGACAAGGGAAGCCCCACUGAUCUACCCCUCUCUCCGCCUCACUGGCCGCCAGGCUGAGCCCAGGCAGCAACACCCGGGCCCUUGAGCGGGUCUUCAGCCCUUGGAACAUACCGUUUCCGCCUCCAUCGCCUGGUGUAGGGAGGAGAGGCCAGGGGGCCAGCCAGGAAGGGGCCAGCUUGGGGGGGCCCAGCUCAUGGGCACCACCCCUCUUAGCGUACCUGACUCUGUCCCCAGAGCCCAACAGCGGGAACCCCAGCGAGGAAGGUCUGAUCCCCAAGUCGCAGCAGGGGACUGACAGCUGUAGCAGCAUGAGGCCGGGGCAGGGCCCUCAAACCCAGUCCGGUGCCCAACCACCUGGAUCUGGACCACAGGACCCUGUGACCCCCCGCCCCCCAUCAGAUGUGCUCUUCUUGUCCCUCUUUCCCGCCCCCCAUGUCUGUCCUGGGGCCCGUGGCCUCUCCAGCAUCCCCACCCCAGAGGAGGAAAAGGAAAUAGCCCUUCUCUCCCCCAGGCCCCAGACCCUCCCCUGAGCUCCGUCCUCCACCCCGGCCGCAGCCCCCGCCCUCUGUUCUCUGGUGCCUUAUCGGAGGCUGUGACCCUGGGCACACCCCAAGGAGGCAGCCCUCACCCCCAGGGUCUCUUGGCCUCCUCAGUGAAGCCCCCAAGUGUCCUGACUGGAACACAAGGCCAUACCCUCUCCUCCCAGUGCCCACAGAGCUGCUUCACACCAGCACAGAGCUCUGCCUACAGGAACCCCUGAACUUGCCCCGAGCGCCGUCGCACCCUCAGCCCCUUGGGCUGAAUCCAGACAAUCCUUGUAGCUAUUUGGACUCCUUCUUGGGAAAUGCUUUCAGCCGUGGGAGGCUGUGCUGGGGGGCGUCCCCCAACCCGGUCAGGCUGGCCUGUGGUGUCGGGGAGCAGGAAUACUGACCCCUCCCUGAGGCCACAGUUCAGAAGCCCCCCAGGUGGAGCUCAUGGGAGCCCCACUCUGGCCCUCUGGGGAAGCAGUGCCUGUGACGGAGGCAGGAGCAGCCGGUGCCCGCCACGGUUCUCCCAUCUCCACAGCCCAGGCCGCCUGGCAGGUCCGGCUCCUGCAGGCGCUCGCCUGGCCCAGGAGGCCAGGUCGUCCUUGCCCAGCAGAAGCCACAGCUCAGCCACUGCCUCGCCCACUUCAGAUCAGCCCCAGAGCUGGUUUCUAGCCCCACAAGCAGCAGGCCCGGGAGCCAGACAGGAGCUGGAGCAGGCUGUCCCAGUCCUGGUGCCCCCCUGCCCUCCGGCCUUCCCUGUGCGUCCAAUGUCUGUCAGCACCAAGGACUGGGACCUCCCAGCCGAAGCAGGUGUCCUAGAGCCGAGGGUCCAGCCAGAGGGACUGUCAUUUGCACCCGUUGCUCCCUGGUGCACUGUGAGUGGCAGGGGGGGGACGGGGAGGGCACAGGGAGGAGGCCCUGGCCCUGAAGCCCAAGGAGCCCUUGGGCUGGCUUGUCUGCAGGUACAUGGACGUGGGUUUGGGGCUGGGAAUCUGGUUUUUGUAUUCUUAACGUCUUGUGCUACUGUAGUUCUGGUGUGGCACUAUUGUAAUUGAAAUAAAGUACUUGUACCGUGGG